UAAUUCCUUCCUUUUUCUUUCCCCUCUUUUUUUUCCUUUGUCUUUUUUUGCUGCACUCCUUAAUCUAAUGAGCAGAUCAGAUGUCAAAUCAGAAAAUAUGCAACUGACAAUCCCCAAUUCAAUCUCACAAAACAAUGUGGAUCAAUUAAAAGAAAAAGAUCAAGAUCCAAAAGAGGUCAUUCCAACAUUUAUCUUUGAAACAAAACACGACAAUACUCACUUUAGCCCUGAACCGCACAAGCCAUUCUUGUGUGUAUACGAAUUUUGUGUGGCCUUGGAAGUGUUUUGCAAAAGCAAAAACAUAGAUAUAGAAAAGCAUUGGGCAAGGCUGCUACUGAAAACGACGGCGCACAACUAUGAACGAUUCAUGUGGAUUCAUCUUCAUUUGAUCAAUCAAUCAAAGCUUAGACUCUCUUGGCAGCAGGUCGUACAAAGGUUGAUGCUCAAAUACGAUGAUCCAAGGCGAACACAGGCAGUCAAGCGCGCUUUAAACAUGUUUACCUUUGAUCCUAACAUAAAGCCUGAAUCCAUUGACGCUGCCAACAGACGAUUUACAGCGUAUGUACACGAAACACAUUGUGAUCCUUCAGAAGCGAUACGUCUUUACUUGAAAGGAAUGCCAACUCUAUGUCGCGAGCUACUUGAACUCACAAUGGCCUAUGAUAAACACACUGGAUUCAAUUAUUGUCUCAACGAUAUCGUCCAGAGAGCGUCCGUGUUUAUCAAUGCUAAAUCGGAUGACUUUAUCUUUUACUCCAAGACAGUACGUAUCGCAGUCUCUUUGCCUCUAGACAAAGUUCAAUCCAACCUUUGUGAAUUCCAUAUCACAACUUCUCAUACAACAGCUGAAUGUCCCGACUACACCAUCUUGAAAUACCCUUAUUUGAGCUCCAUGUUGGUCGAAAACGAGUUUUGUAAAAUCUAUCAACAAGUAAAGGCAUUAGAGCCUAUAAAAGAUCAAGUGAAUAUGACAACAAAUAAAACUACAGCCCAACACACAGAUGGUGCGGUUCGACCAUCCUAUAUACCUGAUCUAUUACCAACUAGCGAUGUCUCAAUAAAGCAGGAGGAGUCAAGUGCGGAAGCGCCACAUCAGGUUCAAUGCUCUCAGACAAAGUCAUCCUCCUCACGAUCCUCUAAUCCAUGUCAUUUCUGCAGACAGCCAUUUUAUCCUGGGCAUUUAUUCGAAUGUGAAGUUAUUCGUAAAAAGAAAAGAAAGACAGAACGUUAAAAAUAUAUAAAAACUUCAUUUC